UGUAAGUCAGCUCUGUAUUAGGUGCCAAAGGAUCCACUACAAAACAAUCAUGGCCAGCAAUAAGACAUCAAAGAAGAAAUUGGAACUUAAGGAAUCAAAGCCUGAAAUUAACACUAAAAAUAAGAAAUCCAAAACCAAAAAAGAAGCCCAUUCAGAAGAACCACCCCAAGGAAAUAAGGAGCUAAAAAAGAAAAAAGUGAAAACCUCACAAGAAAAAGAGAGUACAACAAAAUCAAAGGAGGGCACCUCUAAAGCAAAAGCUGCACCACCCAAAACUAAAGACACCAAAUCGCAGGAGAAGAAGGAAACAGGAUUGUCACACUUCAGUGUAACUAAAGGAUCAAAAGGGGAAUCCGAAGAAGAAGACAUACCUAAAACAUCAAAAAAGAAGGGAGGCGGUGAUAAUGCAUCUGAAAGCAAAGAGAAAAAACAAAAAGGUAAAACAGAUAAAAAUGGCAUUGAGAAAAGUGUGAAGAGUAAAAAGAAAGACUCUACAGGUAUAUUUCAAGUAAAUGGAGAAAAAAAAGAUGAAAAGAACAAAAAGAAAGAUAAAGAAUCACAUUCCAGUAAAAAUCCUUCAUCUACAGACAAGGGAAUUUCAAUUUUUAAGGUUAAAGGUGAAGCAGCAAAAGAUAGUAAAAAGAAGAAAAAAGGUUCCUCAAAUUCCAAUGAGGAAGAGGAAGAAGAUGAGGUUGUCAAAAACACAAACAAGAAAGGAAAAAAAGGAAAGAAAUCCAAGAAGAAGGAGGAGCCUCCACCCUCCCCAGUAAUUGAAGUUGGCAAUCUUGAGGAGUUUGUUUUGCGUCCAGCAGAACAGGGUGUAACUGUCAAGUGCAAAGUGACCAGGGAUAAAAAAGGAAUGGACAGAGGAUUAUACCCUACAUAUUAUGUUCAUCUAGAUAAUGACAAAAAGGUUUUCUUACUAGCUGGAAGAAAGCGGAAGAAGAGCAAAACGUCCAAUUACCUGAUUUCUAUUGAUGCUACUGACUUGUCACGGGGAGGAGAAAACUUCAUUGGGAAGUUGAGAUCCAACCUCAUGGGAACAAAAUUUACAGUGUUUGAUAAUGGUGCGAAUCCUGAGAGGGCCAGUUCUGAUUGGUCGAAUGCACGACAAGAAAUAGCGGCUAUUAUUUAUGAAACUAAUGUUUUAGGAUUUAAAGGUCCACGGAAGAUGACUGUGCUUAUCCCAGGAAUGGAUGAAAAUUGUGAAAGGGUCCCCAUUCGUCCAAGAAAUGAUAAUGAUGGUAUACUUCAACGAUGGCAGAACAAGAACAUGGAGAAUUUAAUCGAGCUACACAACAAAAGCCCUGUGUGGAAUGAUGAAACGCAGUCUUAUGUACUAAAUUUUCAUGGACGUGUUACACACCCUUCCAUCAAGAACUUCCAGAUUGUGCACGCAGAUGAUCCUGAUUACAUCAUUAUGCAGUUUGGUCGCAUAGCUGAUGACGCCUUCACAAUGGACUAUAAAUAUCCUAUGUGUGCAGUCCAAGCUUUUGCCAUUGCGUUAUCCAGUUUUGAUGGAAAAUUGGCAUGUGAAUAGAAACCUCAAACUAACACAAUUUGUAACA